GGGCCGCUGGGCGCCCUGGCGCUGCUCUGGGCGGCGGCGGUGCUGUGCCAGCUGGGCAGCGGCAGCGUCCUCCGCCGCCGCCUCCACGCCGCCGGCUUCCUCCAGCGGCGGCUGAGCGGCGGCGAGCGGCGGGACGUGCAGCGGGAGAUCCUGGCCGUGCUCGGGCUGCCCGGGCGGCCGCGCCCGCGGGCCCCCGCCGCCGCCCGCGCCCCCGCCGCCGCCGCGCCGCUCUUCAUGCUCGACCUGUACCACGCCGUGGCCGGCGAGGAGGAGGCGGAGGAGGAGGAGGCGGUGUCGCGGCCGGUGCUCACCGGGCUCAGCACCCAGAGCCCCCCGCCCGGCAGCGUCGUCAGCCGCGCCGACACCGUGGUCAGCCUCGUCAACAUGGUCGAGCAGGACCGGGACACCUCCUCCCCGAAGCCGUACUGGAAGGAGUUCAGGUUCGACCUGACGCAGGUGCCCACGGGCGAGUCGGUGACGGCCGCUGAGUUUCGCAUCUACAAGGCACGGGGUGCCACCCGCCACGCCAACAGCACCCUGCACGUCAGCAUCUACGAGAUCGCAGUGGAGCACUCCAACAGGGAGUCCGACUUGUUUCUGCUGGACGCCCAGGACCUGCGCGCGGGGACCGAGGGCUGGCUGGUCUUCGAUGUCACGGCCGCCAGCAACCACUGGUUAGUGGAUCGGAAAUACAACCUGGGCCUGCGGCUCUACGUGGAGACGGAUGACGGGCUCAGCGUUGACCCGGGCUCGGCCGGGCUGCUGGGGCGCCGGGGGCCCCGCUCCAAGCAGCCCUUCAUGGUCACGUUUUUCCGGGCGAGCGCCAGCCCCAUGCGAGUCACAAGGGCAGCCAGAGCACCCAGGAGGAGGCAGCCCAAGAAGACGAACGACCUCCCGCACCCCAACAAGCUGCCGGGGAUCUUUGAUGACGUCCACGCCACGGACGGGCGCCAGGUCUGCCGGCGGCACGAGCUCUACGUCAGCUUCCAGGACCUGGGCUGGCUGGACUGGGUGAUCGCCCCGCAGGGGUACUCAGCCUACUACUGCGAGGGGGAGUGCGCCUUCCCGCUGGACUCCUGCAUGAACGCCACCAACCACGCCAUCCUGCAGUCCCUGGUCCACCUGAUGAAGCCCGAGGCCGUGCCCAAGGCGUGCUGUGCGCCCACCAAGCUCAGCGCCACCUCCGUCCUCUACUACGACAGCAACAACAACGUGAUCCUCAAGAAGCACCGCAAUAUGGUGGUGAAGUCCUGCGGCUGCCACUGACCCGGCCCCGCUGCCUCCUGCGUGUGCGGGGCUUGCUCCGGGUGCAGGGCUUGCUCUGCGGGCUGGAUCGUAGCAGAGACCAUCGGUAAUAAUACUGAUACCCCUCCACAUCCCUCCCGACCCUUCCCCUUCCCAGACGUGGAUGUAAAUAAUAUAAAACUUUUAUUCUCUUACCACACUUAAUGAGACCCAUCCGUGCUAUACAUGCAUAUAUAUAUAUACAUAUACAUAUACAUAUAUAUAUAUAUAUAUAUAUAUAUAUAUAGGAGAGAAAGAGAGGAUUUGUGGCUGGUGACGUGUCUGGCCCUGGCGGAUGUGUUUUGCUUGGGCGCUGCUGGCUCAGAGGCUGCUGCAGCCUCCGGUGCUGGUGGGGGCAGACUGGGCUGGGGGGGGUGAGGGCAGGGGAGGCAGCGGCUGCGCUGCUCUGGGCCCAUGCACAUUUAGCUAACCCAGCUCUAACCAGCGCCUCCAAGUCCCUAAAUGAAAACAGUGUCAGCCAAUCCAGCAGCUGGCUGACUAACCCGCUCCUGUUUACUUAAAGUUCACAAAACUCAGCCAAUGGGAAAAAAAAAAAAAUCCAUAUUGAGCUACGACACUGUUAUAAAAUAAACACCUAGUCUGGAAAAUAAACAUGUAGUUUCUCUUGCUGUUUGUUUUUUAAUAAAUGUCACGGCACAGCAGUGCUCUGUUCUGCAGACAGGAUUUCGCAAUGAAAAAAUACUCACGAUCAGCUAAAAUUGUAUCUAUUUGCUUGAAACGAAGCCCCGUGGAGGUGCUGAGAUGCGGUCUGGGGCCAGGCUGUGUCUCCCUGCCUGGGUUGGCGGCUGCUUCCCGCGGGCUCACAAGGGGAGCACGGUCACACGCCACUAUUUUCAUGGUUAUUUAUUUGUUGUCUUCCAAAGGAAAUGGCCUGGCCUAUUUCUCAGCUCAGGUACCUGAGGGACCUUGCAUCAGAAAAAACAAAUAACAUACCUGGUUUAGCCACAUGCAAAGAAAAAAAAAAAAAGAGAGAAAGCCCAAUAUACCUAAUGAAAAACCCUCUGAGGAUGGUGCACCAAAAUAAGAACAAAUCGCCCCCUUCCUGGUGCUUCUUUUCCAGUCCUUGCUCUCCCACUCUAAGAAAUGUCCUCAGGAUGGGACGGUGCUGGCCGUGGGGCUGGGCUGCAGCAGGGACUCGUCUCCCCCUGCCGAUGUGGGGGCAGGCUGCCAGGUUCUGAUCCUGGCUCCGAACGCAGCAGCAAUGGGAUCAGCUCCG